AUGCGGGAGGCGCCUCCUCCUCCUCCUCCACCUCCGUCUGCUCCGGCGACGACCGCGACCCACACCGCCGCGGUGUCAGCGUCCACGCGACUCACUAAGACCCAAAAGCAGGUGCAGCAGCAGCAGCAGCAGCAGCGUCCCCUUUUGCGGUCCGCUACGCAGCGCCUGGCGUUUGGCGCCCUGCCCUCGCAUGCAGGGGACGUCCACAGCGCUGCAGAUAAACACGGGGUGCGGAGUCGUACGGCUCCGCUGCGAGCGCGAUUGCCGCCCGCCACCCCGGAGAGGGCGAAGAAGGGGCACGGUGCUGUUGCCCACAGUAGUGCGAUGAAGCGGCAACGCCCGCAGGUGCUCGCGACGAGCGGUUUUCGCAAGAGCGCAACGGCACCGUGGUCUAGCCCGGGGGGGCGUGAGCCACAACGACCGCAACACACCUGCCGCCGCACUGUCUCCCUCACCUAUACGAGGGGCGCCUCCCUGCUUCAUGUGAAUGUUGAGCCUGGGAAAAAGAAGUCCCACCCGCAGAAGCAGCAGGGCCCUCCUUGCACACCGCAGCGGCAGGUCAAUGCAGCGUUGCUACGUCAAACAACCUCCACGAUGGGAACUGUCACGGCCUUCUCUCCGGCGUCAAAGAAGGCCGCAAUUUUAGCCCGGCCGGAUGCAAGAACUACGAGAACCCCCAAUAAAAAAAAAGCUCCUCGUGAAACCAAAGCGGGUGCGAUGGACCUGCUGCGGCGGCCCCCCUCGCUGAAUCCAACGCCGCAUGAGGCCCCUAACGCCCCGCGUGUGAACAUGACGUCGCUGCAGCGGUGGUGCGCUUGUUCCACCUCUGCCUCGGCGCACGCUACCACUGCCGCCCAGCAGUGUAAACGCUCUGCGGCGGUAAAGGCGCUACCCACGCCGACACAGAAGCCACGCGUAGCUUUGAGAACGCCAUCUGCGCCGUGCUUUCCACAAUCCCCGAGGCGGCUGCAGCGAACGCACACCACCUACUUCCCCAUGGGAAUUAGGCGGCAUGCAGCUGCGUCGUCGCCGUACACCGUCGAUGGUAAGACACCGCAAAGGUCAGGAGAGAAAACCGCACCGCAGGAGAGAGGCCCUCGUACCAAGACCGCUACCAGUGGUGUUGGUGGUCGAGGUGGUGCCGCUCAGGAAGGCAGAAAACGAACAUCGACGCCACCAUUAACUCGCACACCUACCGCCCUCCACAGUGGAGCCUCAGCCUUUUCUGCAUUUGAUCUUCGUGGGAAUGGCACCGUGAGGCGUACCUCAUUAUUUAUCUCAAGAGCGUCUGGGGAAGAGGUACAAGCCCAGCGGCAGAGAAGGACGCAGAAUGGGGCGGAGGGUGGGAGGUGUGUGGUGGGUAACGGUGGCGUCUCGCAGCGGAACCCGGCUCUCGGUAAAGCGGCCCUGCCGAUUCGUCCAACAAAUAGUACGCUUUGUAGAGAGGCCUCCACGCGGGCAAAGAAGCGUCAAGAGAUUAGGCAGGAACAUGAACGCUUGGCGGCUGUAGUACCGCACUUGUCACAGGAUGUGUGGUUGGCAAUGCGACGGGAGCUGCGGCGAUUGGUGGAGGUCCGCUCAAAGCGCACCGGCACGGCGGUGGGUGGUCGCGCAGUGGCACCGCAGGCGCAAUCUGCGCACGCCCUGCAGGCCCCGCAGAGUGGCACUGAGGAAGAUAGGGGGCAGAGCAUUAGAAAAAGCUCCGUGGGCGAUAGCAGAGCGAUGCCAGCGCGGCGCAGCACCAGGAGCUCCGUGGCAAAGGAGUCGCCCAAGUGUUUAGAGGGCAUGACCGAGAGCUACAAGGACGCUCAUCAAGAGGGGAUGUGCAACAUGGGUGCGAGGCAGCGGGUACUGGAAGGCCGGUUUUCCUCACAGUACCGUGGACCGCGUCGCGUAGGGGUGGAGGCGGCGAUGCCAUGGCCGCAGCUUGUCGCUAGCGGGAACGGGGGCGUCCACUCUCUCCCGCGUCAUUGCUACCAAUCUCCCACCGCUGUGGACGCUGAUGCUGCGGAGGGGGAAGACAAUGAAACACCGAUGCCCGCGCAGACCGUGGUGCGGCUAGGGAGGAGAGCGGAAGUGGACGAUGAAAACAAGCAACGAAGUAUGACGCGAGACAACGAUAGUCGUGGGAGAAGCUUCUCCCCCUCCAUACGACCUCCAAGUGAGUUCUUUGACGACGCGGCCGCAACGUCCGCGGACUCCACGCCGCGGCUGAUCCAUGGCAGCAUAACCGCCUCAGACUUGGACACCUCUCCAGUGGUCGUCCCACCGAUGCGGAGAAAGUCCCCCUCAUUCGUGCUGCGGCGUCCAAACCGGCGGAAAGCGAAGGCCCCCGUCUUACAUUUCUGCGGCAGGCGAAGCACCCCCCGCGUGUUUCCCUCCGCAACGCCCCCCAGGCGGCGUCAUUGCGAAGGGUGGGGUAGAUCUGGCUCUCAACUCUUCUGUGCGUCGCGCAGGGCCGGGAGUUGGCACGUUCGCCGUGGUAGGAGCACCCGAGGUGACGGCGUCGUUGUGCUCUCUUCCGACAUGCUUGUUGCGCUGUACGCUACCAUCGACGGGACGGCAGACGGUAACGGCGGCAGCAGCAGCAGUCUCGCAGGCCAUUGCGCACAACGACGCGGAAGACGUGGUCUGCAGAAUGUUCCCACGGCGAGAACACUUUCCUACGAGGGCGUCAUUGCGACAACAACGACGACGACGGCAGCCGCCUCACUUCCACCAGGGCGGAAGUUGUGUGGAUAA